AUGAGAAUGAUUCUGGAUAACCUGGUAGGUAUCGAUGAACUCGCUGGAACUAUGCAAAUAACGGCAAAACUCCAGAUUAGUUGGGCUGACGAUAGAAUAACGUGGGAUCCAAAUAAUUUUAGCGGAAUUAAGAAAGCAUUGUUCCAAAAAGGAGACAUCUGGGUACCUGAUAUGUACGCCAUGUCAACUCUUUCCGAAAACUAUGGUUUUGGAACGGAUACAUUCAAAAUAAAGUACUCUCACAACGGAGUGGCCACCUGGGAGGUGUCUCAAAUGUUUUGGACUACUUGUAAAAUAGAUGUUGUAUAUUACCCCUUGGAUGAUCAAUCCUGCUUUUUUACCUUCACUCCCAAUGGGUACACCGCUGACGACGUUAAAAUUCAGGUUAGUGGUACAGGGGUAAUAAUGGACAAUUACAAAGGGAACAGUGUUUGGAAACUUAAAACUGCACGUGCUAGUGUUAUAAGCGCAUUGUCGUCGGAACCCGAUAUCUUCGUGAUUUCAGUGAUAUACGAGCGACGGUCUACCAUUUACAUUUUAACUGCCAUUGUUCCUGUGGCGCUGAUGGGAUUCGUUCAUCUUUUAGUAUUUGUUCUGCCAGACGACUCUGGAGAGCGUGUAGGGUUUUCUGUGACAAUUCUCCUAUCCUUAGCAGUUUACCAAAGCAUGCUGAGUGAUGCAUUACCAAAAGCAUCAGAGCCGGAGAUGCCUUUGUUGAGUGUGAAGAUUUUCGCGGAUCUCUUAAUCAGUUCUCUGAUUCAGGCUUGUGUCGUGGUCAGUCAGUACUUAUUCGUUAAGGAACAGAAGAAAGAAGAGCCACCCAUAGUCAUCAAAGGGUUUGUUUGGUGUCUCUUGUACAUGAAGAGGAAGCGGUCAGUGAAGCAUGAAGAUGAACGAGAAGAAGAUGAACCCGAAAAAGAGGGAACAUAUUGGAAAAUUCACACAAAGAAUACUGUAGACAUGUUCUUGUUCAGGAGAGUUUUUAACAUCACAUGUGGAUGUUUCUUUUUCCUUGCAGUAUUAGGAACGAACACGGUUUUAGUAUUCUUUCUUAUGGAGAAGACCAUUUAA